AUGGCAGCUCUCUUCGAAAUUUGCAGGUGUUGCCUUGCUCGACAGAAGGAAGCCAGAGAAGUGGAGUACCGCGGAAGGGACGGUGACCUGGAGUCGGAGAGCGGCGGAGGCAAGGUCGGAGGAGACGGCGCAGUCGGCUCAGACGUCUGCUACGAUGUGGAGAACCGCAGCCUCGAGGUCUUGGCCAGAUCUCCGCAUGAUCCAGCGAGGUGGAGACAGGAUUUUCAAAGAGCCGGCGAUGGCAAGAAGAAUCCCAACAUGUGUCGCAUCCGUGGGUUGCGGCAACUGGUUUGGCUGCAGACUGAGAAGGAAUUGAGCAGGCUGGAGAAAGAGGAGCCGGAGAAGCUGGGACAAGUGGGCACGAUUCACUUUGAGGUGGGAGACUGCUCGCAGGCAGACGGCCAAGAGGACCCACAAAUCACCAAGGUAGAAGUCAUGGAGUGCGACAUGCUUGACAAAGCCGGCGAUUUUGCCAAGCAGGGCUGCACUGUGGCAGUGCUAAACAUGGCCUCGUCGUCCUCGCCGGGGGGAGGCUUCCGCAGUGGUGCUGGCGCACAGGAGGAGAAUGUGUACCGCCGAAGCGACCUGUACCGCUUCCUGGAGCCAUACAAGGGAAGUGCCCUGGCAGCUAAAGGAGAGCAGCCACUCCUCCAUGUCUCGCACUUUGCCGAAGGGAGUGUGGGACGCCAUGUCCGUCACUUCUUUCCAGGUUUGGUCGUCGCUUGUGGGCUGAUUGCAGCUGCAUGCUGGCUCUUCCCACAUCAGCCAAAGCUACGAGGCAGUGGUGAGAGCACUGUGCAGCUCAGCCAGCUCGGUACACUAAUGUUCGAGCCGGUGGACGGUGGUGUCUCGAGAGCAUGCCGCGGAGCCAGUGUCACCGAUAACUCGCCCUUGAACUUCCAACUGAGCACGGCCUCAGAUUUGACCUUCUGCCAAUGGCAAUGUAUGAAGAUGGAUACGUGCCAAGGUGUGGAGUACCACCCUUCCAACUGGCGCUGUGAACUUUGGACCACGCCUGGCGGUAUUCAAGCAUCAGUGGAUUUUCAAACUGCCGAUUGCUACCGCCGUGUGGCCAAACUGGAGCCGGUGGAUGGUGGGGAUGACAGAGCUUGCAGAGGGGCGAACCCCAGCGACAACAACCCGGCCCACUAUGUUGUUCACCCCCAUGCUGUACUGGAUGACUGCGAGCGGCAAUGCAUUGCAACUCCUGAGUGCAGGGGUUUGGAGUACUCUGUGGGAAGAUGCGAGGUUUGGGUGCGGGGUGAGGGCAUUGAAUCAUCGGUUUCACUUCCAGGCUUCAAAUGCUUUCGGGUCGCGUCUACGACCGUGAGCUCUUUGGAUCCACAGCCGGCUGUGGAUGACCCACAGCCUUUGGAUCUAGUCUUUCGGGCGGUGGACGGUGGAAUGAAUCGUGCUUGCCGUGGAGCUGAUGCCAAUGAUAAUUCCCAAGACUACUUCCAGGUCUUUACAGUCACAGGUUUGGAGGACUGCAAGAACCGCUGCCGCGAUACGACGGGCUGCGUGGGUAUCGAGUUCAUCAACACCCGCUGUGAGGUCUGGACCCGACGUGCCGGCAUCGAAGCGUCCUUCGAGCUGGCCAACUACCAAUGUCUGCAGGCCCUAGCUUUUCAUCCGGUGGACGGCGGAAGCGAUCGGGCCUGCCGUGGUGCCAGCAUCACGGACAAUUCGCCAGACUACUAUGUUGUCUUCCCCGAGACCUCGCCGGCAGACUGCAAAGACCGAUGUGCGCAGACGGAGGCCUGCGUGGGGAUGGAGUACUCUGAUGGCCGCUGCGAGGUGUGGACGAGGUCUGGAGGCAUCCUGGCCUCUGCUGCCGUGGUGGGCUUCCAGUGCUUCCAGCUCAGCAGCCCCUCAAGGCAAGAGCUUUUGGCUGAAAUUGCUGCCUCCACGUGGGAAGUUGUGGGCGGUGGAGUUGAUCGCGAGUGCCGCGGAGCUGACUGGGACGAUGACUCUCCUGGCUACUUCUCUGUCGCACAUGCGAGCUCUCUUGCUCGCUGCCAGGAGACUUCGUCCUGGAAGACUUACGCAGAGGGGGUCCCGGGAUCAGUACAGGAACGCUGCCUUGAGCUGACGAUCUGCAAGGGCAUCGAGUACCGGAUUGGCCACUGUGAGCUCUGGACACGGCCAGAGGGUAUCGGCGCAACAGCACAGAGGAGCGGCUCAGUUUGCCUGCGCCGCCCAAGUGACACUUCUGCUCCUUCGCCCGGCGGUGGAGCGCCGCGCACCAAGUAUGUCGUGCAUUACAUGCCAUGGUUUCUGGGCAUCAGGACUCCGGGCGUGUAUGACCACUGGUGUGUCGGAAACUCGUAUUACGAGAGCUUCCUGGGGCUUUAUGAUCAGAACCAACGGGAGGUGGUCGGGCAGCAGCUGGACCUGAUGAAGUCGAGUGGCAUCGACGGCUUGUGGAUCGACUACCAGCUCACAUCCUGGGACAGUGUGGUCGACAUGAUUGUUGAUGAGCUCGAGGCACGUGGGAUGGGCGUAGCCAUUGUUGUGGACAAUGCUGUGAACAACAACAUCUUCAUUGAGGCACAGGCAAAGCUGGUCCAGUGGGUUGGCCGCUCCCACUACUACCGGCACAAUGGUAUCCCUGUGAUCCCUGUGUUCAACGACGUGGAGAUCAACUUUCAGCCCCUGCCCUUUGAGGCCUACUACAUGACCAGGAGGGAGGUUCCGCUUCCUGAGUGGGCCAAUGGCACAUAUCCCUGGAUCACUGCAGACCUUCAAUGGUUGGAGGAACAUUACAAGAACGAUCACAGCCUCUCUUCCUUCGCGAUUGGGGCAGCUUACCGAGGAUUUCGUGACUGCUACAGCAACCGAGUGCUGCAUGUUCCCUUCUUGCAAAUGCUGGAACCUUCGCUUCUGGUGACCAGCAAGUAUCAGCCUGAGUUUGUACAGGUUCUCACAUGGAAUGAUUACAGUGAGGGAACCAUGAUAGAACCCAGCUGGCUCCGGACUCACGGAUCCUGCCAUGAUCCCUGCAGCAGCGCGUACUCCUUCUGCCCGACUUCCUUCGACUGCUUCUCAGGCCUCGAGACACGCGAUUGUGACAAGCCUUAUGGCUCUGAGUUCGGCCCAACAGAUCCUGCUUGCAGCUCCGCCUACAACAAGAGCGCGUACUCAGAGUUAGACACAUUAAAGCAACACAUCACUUUGGAGCGGUCAGGGCUCCUCAACUCCAUUUUUCACACCGGGCUGUUCACGCCAAGUGCCAGCGCUAAGGGGCCAGGCUGGUACUCCAGAGGCCAUCAGUCUGAACCGAAGAACCUGCCGAAGCCGGACUUCGUCAUGAAAUGA